GCCUCAUUAUACCGCCUUACCGUCGCGUUUGUUCUACACUUUUCUGGCGGUCUGAGUUUGAGCCACUUUCUGUUUCAGCCAUCAGGAUGCAUUUCAGUCGUCUUGGCUACCUCAUCUGUCUCUCCCGACUAUCUAUACACUCUUCUGUCCACUCGUCCACUCAGACUGGCCGCACGCCUGGUUAAGCCUUUGGUUGUUGUUGGUUUCGUCAUUAUUUUCGCUAAUCCGGCUUCAUUUCCUCGGCCCGAUUACGGGCAAGGCAGCAUUUGGCCUGAUUACUUAUUUAUGGCUGUUGGUAUACACUCUCGCCCAUUCAGCCGCUCUCCGACUGGCGGUGCCUUCAAGCUUGACUCAUUAAUCGUGUCUCCAGACCUCCGACCACAGGACGCUGGUUAA